UCCUACCCUCCUCACACUUGAAUCUCUCUCUCUCUCUCUCUCUCUCUCUCUGUGUGUGAAACAAUGGCGGGAAAGUCAAUCACCGGCGAAGGCUUAUCGGCGAACCUCGCCGGAAUGUCGAAGAACCAGCUCUAUGAAAUCAUGUCUCAGAUGAAGGCUCUAAUCGAACAGAACCAGCAACAAGCGAGGCAAAUCCUCAUUCAGAACCCACUCUUGACCAAAGCCCUUUUCCAGGCACAAAUUAUGCUUGGAAUGGUCCAGCCCCCUCAAGCGAUUCCAAGCAUCCAGCCACCAGUAUUACAGCCUCCUCAACAAUCGGCACAGCCAACUCAAAUGUCAAAUGUUCAGGCAGCUCACUCACCACCAAGUCAAGUGGGUAUGCAGGACCAAACUGGUGCAUCUCAGAUUCCACCUAACAGAAAACAACACCAGAACCAAACUGUGAUGCCUAUUUCAACUGCUGCUGUUCCUACACUAAAUGUUCAGUCUCAGCCCAUGCCUUCACAUCCCCUGCAGAUGCCACAGCCGCCUAAAGGACAUAUGAAUUCCCAAAUGCCCCCUAUGUCUCUUCCGCAAUCAUCUCAACUUUCCAAUGUCCCUUCACUUCCUCUAUAUUCCUCUUCACAGCCACCUCCACUUCAGCAACCGCAAAUGUCAACUGCUUCCAGCCAGUUGCAACAGCCACUACAGACAACUGGAAUUCCUCAUCUGCCACUGCAACCUCCAUUGCCACCACAACCUAGGCCACCUCCAGUUCCAUCUUAUCAUCAUCAGUAUCACCCUCAAAUGGGGCCUAAUGUGGGUUUCCAACAUCCUGGUGCUUCUCAACAUCUCCAACAGCAAAUGUUUCAUCCAGGUAGUAAACCUCCUGCUGGGAUUGGUUCUUCAUAUCCACAGGGGCAGCCACCACAUCAAUCACUGUAUCAGAUGGGAGGUCAACAUUUAGGGACAGAAUUCAGCAAUCAAGGUGGAAGUUCCAUGCAAGUGGAUAGAGGAUCUUCUUGGAUGUCUGGCCCACCUGAAAAUUCGUCAGUAACACAGCAUUCAGGUCUUCCAGGCCCACCACCACUAGUUCCUGGUCAAAUGGGUCCCGGCAAUCAGCCUCCUCGCUCCCAAUCGUUGACACCGGAGAUGGAGAAAGCACUACUUCAACAAGUCAUGAGCCUCACUCCUGAACAGAUUAAUCUCCUGCCUCCAGAGCAAAGGAAUCAAGUGCUUCAAUUGCAGCAGAUACUACGCCAAUGAAACAAAGAAAAUUGAUUUUGUUUGGAAGGAAAGCAUGACAGGAUCAAACAUCCUUUUUAAGUGGUAGAGAUUGAAUGUAUUUCGUUGCCAUCUAAGUUACCAAUUUGCUACAGUGAAGAAUGAUACAAAAUCCUUCAGAACUAAGUUACAGUUUCUCAUCAUGAAUUUUUUUUUGGUGGGGGUGGGGGGCUUAUAGUGUAUCUCUCGUGCUUUUAAGUGAGCCGUUGAGGUUUUUUGGAAUUG